AAGAUGCAGAAGAUGAGGCGGAAGAGCGGAGGAGGAGGAAGUAAAUAACCAUGAGCCAAACAGCUGAGCCGGAUCAACUAAGAUUCAUAAAUCUUAGUUGAACCACUGUAAAAAACACCAACCUCACGUAUUCUCUCCACCAUGGCGGACUCCAGUCAGAGCAGCAGCUGUCAAGACGAUGAGGGCCCUGGGACAGAGUGUGGAGACCCGGCCAAGCCUGGCUGUGGGACAGGUGACCCCACCACAGUGUCGCUCCCCGUGGCGCGGCUGGCCUCAAAUACCAGCCACAAGAAAAAGUUAGUGCUUCACGUUGACCUCAACAACACCAUACUGGUGUCAGACGCCGUGACGGGCCAGGGGACUGUGGCUGCCCUGGAUUACUUUCUCACCACCGUCACCUGGGGACACAUGAGUAAACACGGAAAAUGGGAAUGGUUGAGCAACUCGCCCUCCCUGCUCCCACCAUGUGAGGGCGCUGUCAGUUACUACUCCCAGUUUGGACGGGUAGCGGGUUUCACCUCCACAGCUGGUCGACGUUUUCGGGGGAUUCUGGAUGACCAUCUGAACCUGCUCCGCUGGCCUGAGGGAAUCAAGGGAGACAAUGAACUGGCCGUGAGAGGAGAGGACGGGCGCCUGUACCACUGGAUCCUCCCCUCCUUCUUCCAGCUGCUGAAAGACUUGGCGGUGGAGGGGAGCGAGUUCGCCAUCCUGUUUCGCACCUUUGGCACGGAUUUGCCUCGUGUGCUCACUGCUGUAUCCAAGGCACUGAACCAGGGGACUCAUCCACUGUUCCCCGAGCUACCUGAAUUAAAGUUAAGUGUGAACGUGACUCCGGGCAAGAUCCGCUGCAGUAAGAAGGGAGUUGUUCUGAGCCGAGCUGAGGACAGAGUGUCGAGUCGUGACGGAGACAGAGGCCUGUACCAGUACCUGAGCUCGGUCGACGGCCUGGGGGGCUUCCAGGACCACUUUGACUGGUGGGCAGGUAACACCUACUCCAUCGAGGGGGGGAAGCCAUUGUGGGUCGACCCGUUUGACCAGCACGUCCAGCACAUCUUCAUCGACGACAACAUCAGGCAGAAUGACGAGGACACCAUAGUGCGUCCCAUGGUUUUCAUGGAUCCAGACGGCGCUGAGACCCGCACAGCCUGCACCUGCGAACUCUACGACAUCAGCCUGGUCCAGAACGACCUGCUGCAGGCCAUUUCCAACCCAGAGUACUUCACUCAGCGCAUCCGCAUCUGCCAGGAAAACUAUGAGAGGAAUCUCCAGCAGGGGGCGGGCUAGUGUGCACUCGCUCCUCGCUCCCUGUUUUGUCCGUCUCCGCUUCUAGAGUAGGGUCCCAUUAACCCUUACAAUCCCAAAACAAGUGGAAGACGCAUUUAGGAUGGAGGUAGGGCUAAUCUGACCAGCCAUUUUAAACAACGGUGGUAAAAAAUAUAGGUCCAGGAAUAGUAAUGGAGACGUAUUUGGUUAUAAAUUUGUAGAUGAAAAGAGAUAAUAGCACAGCUGCAUAAGAUAAAAUGUAAUCUCCACAAGGAGAAACCUGAAACUUGAUUUAAAACUGUGUUGCCAGGUAGCAGUCACAUGGAUAGUGUGUAAUAUAAAGACUUGAAAAUACACUGAUUUAAAUCUGAGUUAAUCCACCUAUGCAGUGUCUUCUUCAGCACAGCUAUACGUGAGCUGUCCAGCCUGCAGAGGUGAUUGAAGCCAGCUUCUACAAACAGCACCUGUAGUCUUAGAGAGCCGUCAGGACAAAUAUUUAGCCUGGUCUGUGUCUUUAUUGUCCUUUCCAGUAGAGGAUUUGACUACCUCAGUGGUCUGUCUGUAAAGAGAGAGAAACAAUGUAAAGUAGCCACUUGUACUGUAGUUGCAUGGCAUGGCAGUAUUAGAUUUUAGUGUCUGCUGUCCUAAAGCGAACCCACAAGAGAUGAGUUUUUGACUUAAUUAAGCACCAAAGUGGCCGGGCCAGACACUUCAACCACUGCAAAGGGCCUGUGACAGAUCACGCCAUGGGAUAAUUACCCUAACUUUCUGAAAUUCGUGUCAGACAUGGUCAAAAUCUCUCAGUGUUACAUUAAUUGCGGAGAGAGUGGGAAUCACCACCUUUCGGUUCAUUUCCUUGCAUGCCAUUAUCCUCAGGGUGUGUGAAAAAUGAGUUACCUGUAUAAAUUUUUUUUGCGCUGCUGCUUCCCUUUUAGAUUGCUAGGCAACUUUAUAAUAACUUAGUCUUGAUCAACUGCAUUGUUUACAUCUGUGCAGAAUCAGAAGGUAAUACUUGAAUAUUCUAGAGAGGAUUGAGAGUUUUGAACUCUGAAAGAAACCCAUGACUACUGAGUACAGUUGAGUAGCUUGACUUAAGGGUCAUAAUUUACAUAAAACUUUAUAAUGCGCCGUGAGCACAUUAUGAACGGAUUUUAAUCAGAACGCGACAUCUAGUAACACCCUCUGUGCACAAACUGUGGCUGUUGAACGCUUCCUGAAGUUACUUUAUUGCUGAUAAUCUACUGAGACACUCACAGCACAUGAUGUGAGAAUGAUGCAUAAAUCAUUAUGUAGUUCAAACUCUGUGUUAUUGCUCCAUCAAAGCAUUUGUCAGAGACGUAACUAUAAAAGCAAUACACCGUACUGCACAGAGACAUAUCAUUUGGUUGAAUGGGGUUUUUUGGUUUGCAUUUAUAGUAUAAUCUUGUGUCAUUAACUAUUACUUUUUGAAAGCACUCUUGUAUGAAGCAUCAAAUGAUUUAUACAUGUGGGAGUUACCUUAGUUGAUGUUUUAGGGGUUAAGCAUAUAUUUAUUUUUAAGCUUGAAGGGUGUGUGUUUUUAAUAUAUUUUCCUCAGGUCAUUUUUUAAACAGACAGUUGAAUGCAAAGAGUAUGCAAGAAUAGAAAGAAAGACACCCAAACACAUAGAUAAGCUAUAUAGUGCUUUCAGGAAAGUGAAGCCAUAUGAUUACCUAUGUGUUUGGGUCAUUUUAAUGAUGAGCGUGAUUUGUAAAGCAGCGUAUUCAAAUACAUUGCCUCCAAGACGCAAAGAGAGAGUUUUCUGUGAUGAAAUCAUCAACAUCACACACAUAAAUCAGACUCCCAUCACGCGCAGUAUUCGGCUUUUUCUUGUUAUCAUACCUUUGAAUGCACAUCACAUCUGAAAACUUGAAUGUUUGAAUAUGAAUAAAACUUUUUGGAAGGUGUGAACAAGGCUGUUGAUAUUCAAUAAACCUUUUCCCCCCCA